UUCUUACAACCCUUGACCCAUAAUGGCGGUCUGAAGCCAAGGAGAAACUGUUCGUUGAUUUUUAAGAUACAAAAGACGCCCUAAAGACCUAAAUGUAGUUUAAAGCAAAAGCCUCGUUGGUUUGAACUAUUUUUCUGACAGACUGGUUCAAUUUCGUUGAAAAUGAAGCUCACUUUUGUCACAUUUUUAGGCUUUUUAGUCGCGUUCUGUGCUGCAACAGGUGCAAAUGAGAUUCUCAAUGGCGGGAAUUUCCCGCCAAAUACUAGUAACAAGGAAAUUUGGAAGUCAAAUAAACUUAAAUUGUCCCGGCAAAAUAACAAAACUGCUCGUCCUGAUCUUUUGACUCUAGCCUCCGAACUUGGACUGAAAGCGUUUUAUCUUUUGGUGCAACGAGCUGGUCUGGACUCCAUGUUGCAAGCGAAGGGCCACUGGACAGUGUUCGCUCCAACCAACAGUGCCUUUGACAGGCUGCCACAAGACGUAAAAGCAUCACUUCAAGAUCCCGAGACUCUAGUCAGGGUCCUGCUGUAUCAUAUCGUUCCAAAGGAGCUGAAAUCUGGAAGUUUACAGAACAACAAGAUUAUAAAGACAGCCAACAACAGCACAGUCAGGGCUAAUGUUUAUCAGAACUCAGAAGCAGGCCAGGAUAAGGUUAUAACCAUCAAUGGCUCCCCAGUGUACAAGGAGGACCAGUUGGCAGAGAAUGGAGUCCUUCAUGUUAUAGACAAAGUUUUGUUUCCUCUCACAAGGGGAACUGCACUGCAGUAUCUUACACAGGACAUGGCAACGUACAGUCAGACACUGAAAUUACUAGAGGCUGCUGGAGUAAACAACACUUUGAAUGACACCAUGGCUCACACCUUCCUGGUGCCAACAAAUGCUGCCCUGGGGAAACUAGACCCAGCUCAGCUGCGCCACCUAAUGAACGACUCUGGAACUGCAAGUCAGGUCAUGAAGAGGCACAUUCUACAAGAUGUGAUUUUCCACGCUGGCUUCAUUGACAAUGAGAAAGUUAAAACUCUAGGAGAUAACAGUGAAGAACUGACAGUAUUAGUAGGUCCAGGAGGUAUGGAGGUGAGCGGGAAUGGGACGUUUUCCCGCGUACUGAUUGCGGACAUUCCCGUGACCAACGGAGUCGUGCACGUGGUCGACACCCUCCUGUACAAGCCUUAAAUUUUGCCUAGCCUCUACCAGGCUUCAGGAAGCAGCUGGAAACAGUAGAAAUUGGCUAAAUAGACAGAUGAUAUGCCAGGGGAGUUUGUUUUUGUUAAGGAAAUGUUUGAUGGGCUAAAACGUAAUAGUUGAACAGCACAGGUACAGCUAUCAUACAAGUAUUUGGGAGUUGCAGAUUUUUCAACCUAUGAAAGUAGUGGUGCAUACCGGUUCACAGGACUUGUAUCCGGACUUGUAAGAAUGUUUAGGUUCAAGUCCAAAAGAACCUAAAAGUCAAGAACCCAG